GCUUGAAAUGUCACGUGGGUAGCCGGUAAAGAUUUCAUAUUUCUUUGAUCAGACUCUAACGAUGCGUAUCGUUACACUUAACCUAAAAUAAAAAAAAAAUGACUACGAAAAGGAAACCUGAAACACAAGUACCAGCAGAAGAAAGUGAUUUACUUUCAAUUCGACCACUUGGUGCGGGUCAAGAGGUUGGAAGAUCAUGUAUAAUGUUGGAAUUUAAAGGAAAAAAAAUUAUGUUGGACUGUGGUAUACAUCCUGGAUUAUCUGGUAUGGAUGCUUUACCAUUUGUAGAUUUAGUAGAAGCUGAUGAAAUAGAUUUGUUACUGAUCUCACAUUUUCAUUUGGAUCAUUGCGGUGCCUUACCGUGGUUUCUUCAGAAGACAAGUUUCAAAGGACGUUGUUUCAUGACUCAUGCAACUAAAGCAAUUUAUCGUUGGCUUUUAUCUGAUUAUAUUAAAGUAAGUAAUAUUGCAACAGAACAAAUGCUAUAUACAGAAUCAGAUUUAGAGACUAGUAUGGAUAAAAUAGAAACAAUAAAUUUUCAUGAGGAAAAAGAUGUUUUUGGGAUAAAGUUUUGGGCAUAUAAUGCUGGACACGUGUUAGGUGCUGCUAUGUUUAUGAUAGAAAUAGCUGGUGUUAAAAUUUUAUAUACUGGAGAUUUUAGUCGUCAAGAGGAUAGGCAUUUAAUGGCUGCUGAAAUACCAAAUAUCCAUCCGGAUGUAUUAAUAACAGAAUCUACGUAUGGAACACAUAUUCAUGAGAAGAGAGAAGACAGAGAAGGAAGAUUUACAAAUUUAGUUCAUGAAAUUGUUAAUCGAGGUGGUAGAUGUUUGAUACCAGUUUUUGCUUUAGGAAGAGCACAGGAACUUCUUCUUAUUUUGGAUGAAUAUUGGAGUCAACAUCCUGAAUUACAUGAAAUACCAAUUUAUUAUGCAUCUUCUUUGGCAAAAAAAUGUAUGGCUGUUUAUCAAACAUACGUGAAUGCAAUGAAUGAUAAAAUUAGACGUCAGAUAGCAAUCAAUAAUCCAUUUGUAUUCAAACAUAUUUCAAAUCUAAAAGGUAUCGAUCAUUUUGAAGAUAUUGGACCUUGCGUAGUUAUGGCAUCUCCAGGUAUGAUGCAAAGUGGCUUAUCAAGAGAAUUAUUCGAAUCUUGGUGUACCGAUGCAAAGAAUGGUGUUAUAAUAGCUGGUUACUGCGUAGAGGGUACAUUAGCAAAAACUAUUUUAUCGGAACCAGAAGAAAUUACAACUAUGUCUGGACAGAAAUUGCCAUUGAAAAUGUCAGUCGAUUACAUAUCAUUUUCAGCUCACACUGAUUAUCAACAAACUUCAGAAUUUAUACGUAUUUUGAAACCACCGCAUGUAGUGCUUGUACAUGGUGAACAGAAUGAAAUGGGAAGAUUAAAAGCUGCUUUACAACGAGAAUAUGAAGAUGAUCCAAAUACUACAAUGGAAAUUCAUAAUCCUAGGAAUACAGUUGCUGUAGAGUUAUAUUUCAGAGGAGAAAAAACUGCUAAAGUUAUGGGCACAUUAGCCAUGGAAACACCAAAUCCAGGACAAAAAUUAUCUGGUGUUUUGGUUAAACGUAAUUUUAAUUAUCAUAUGUUAGCUCCUUGUGAUUUAUCAAAAUACACAGAUAUGAGUAUGAGUCAAGUUAUACAACGGCAAAGUGUCUACUUUUCAGCUUCGUUACCAGUAUUAAAACAUCUUCUAACGCAAAUAGCCGGCAACUUAGAAGUUAUAGAUGAUAAAAAAUUAAGGGUUUUUAAAAAUAUUGAUGUGACUAUUGAUGGAAAGAUUGUUAUGAUGGAAUGGAUUGCCACACCAGUGAAUGAUAUGUAUGCAGACUCUGUUUUAACUGCAAUAUUGCAAGCUGAGAUGAUGGAACAACCUCCUAAAAUGUUACCUGCACCAACAAAAAUGGAUAGAAUGCAUUUUAAAGAAUGUCUAAUAGAAAUGUUACAAGAAAUGUUCGGAGAAGAUUCAGUUCCGAAAAUUUUUAAAGGAGAAAAAUUAUAUGUAACUGUUGAUGGUAAAAAGGCACAUAUAGAUUUAUUAAACUUAGAAGUUACCAGUAAAGAUGACGAAACUUUCCAACAAAUAGUACAAACAGCUGUAACAAAGCUACAUCAAUCAUUAGCACCACCUUGUGAUACAAUAUGAGUGAUUACAUUUUCAAAUAUUUUUAUAUGCUUGCACAAUACAAUAUUAUGAAAUAUGAUUUAUUUCGAUUAAUAUUUUAAUAUAUCAAAAAUACAUAAAAUAUAGAAAUUACAUUUCCAUUGAUUUUCUAAUAUGACACAAGGUAUAUAUUAUAAUAGUUUAUAAUCGGUACAUUCUUCAUUCUGUAAAUAUGAUUUAACAUUCACGAUAUCAUAUAAUAUUUUAUAUUAUUUUAAAUAAGUUAAAAAUUUAAUAAAUAAAAAAUUAAUAAUAAAUUAAAGAUUAAUAUGAUUUAUCAUUAGUUUUCUUAAUAAUUAUGGCAGUUAUAAUUAUCACAUUGGAUAAUUAUUAAUAAUUUAAAUAUGAUAUUCCUUCAGGUCACCCCAUGCAGGGCCAACUUUUAUUUUCACCGGUAAUGGCACUGCAAGUUGACAUACUUGUUCCAUUGAUUCUUUAACUAUUAGUGCAACUUGUUGCAGAUCCAUUAUGUUUACCUUAAAUCAAGUAAUUUUAAUUAAAAUAAUUUCUAAAGAAUUCUUCUUUAAUUAAUAAUGUUUGUUUAAUUGUUCUUACCUCAUAUAACAACUCAUCAUGAAGUUGUAGCACUAAAUAAGCACCUCUUAGCCUGUCAUCUUUUCGCUGUUUCCUUAAUUUUUGUUUAAAUUUUGUUUCUGGUAUGAUAAUUGCUGAAUUUGGAAAUUCGUUUCUUAUUCUAUCUUCUAUAUUAACCAUAGCUUGUUUUGCUAUGUCUGCUGCAGAACCUUGUACUUUUGUGUUCACUGCUUGUCUUUCUGCUUGUGCUAAAAUAUAUUUGAUAUUUAUCCACAAUAUUUUUCUUAGAUUUAAUAUUUUUCAGAAUUGCUCUUACCUUUUUCAUACAAAUUAGUACUUUGUAAACCAGGAAGCAUUCUACGUCUUUUCAUAAGAGUUGUAAUAUAACCAUUUUUAUGUGCUUCUAUAUUAAUAUCUUUAAGCCAUUUAUGUACGCCUGGAUAUGCAUUUAUGAAAGACUCUAAAAAUGUUUUAGCUUCUGUUUCAGUUACUUUUAAAUUUUCUGCUAAUGUCUUGACACCCAUACCAUAUAUCAUACCAUAGCAUAAUUGUUUAGUAUUUUGUCGCAUAUUGUCAUCAAUCUGAACAUACAAUAAAAUUAUAUUAGACGAUCGUGGAUAAUAAUUUCUAUGGAUAAAACAAAGAAAAUGACAGAAAUUUAUUAUACCUUAUCUUCUGAUAUAUUAUUCCAUGCAGCUGCAAUAUUUUUAAAAAUAUCACCUUCCUUACAUAAAAUAUUACAAAGUAUUGGAUCUUUAGAAAAGUGUGCUAAUAUUCUUAAUUCAAGCUGACAAUAAUCUGCGGAUAAUAGAACAUUCCCUUCAAAUGGUAUAAAUGCCAUACGAACACUUAUUACAAAACUAUUAUUUUCUGAAUUAAAAUCUUUUGGUACAUUUUGCAAGUUCGGUUCAUGCAUUGUAAUUCUUCCAGUCAAUGUGGAAGUUUCAGAAUUUCCAUGAAUUCUUGGAUUAUUUUGAGCCAGGCAUAAUAUUGGAUGAACAAUCUAUAAAAAGGAAAAAAGAAAAACAAAUUACAAUCAUGCAUAAUAAAUAUACAAUAUUUUAUGUAAUAAUAUAUUUAAUAAGCGAAUAAUGUAUCUACCUUGGUUUGGGUAGCAUUAAGUUUACGCCAAGAAAUAACAAGACUAGAGAUUGGAUUAUUAUAUUGUUCUAAAACUGC